UGCUGUUUUGUUGUGGGAUUUUUUUUUGUGUGUGUGUGUGUUUUGUUUUGCUUUGAAUCCGUUUCGCAGCCAGCUCAAGGCUGCUGUUGUGUUUUCAGCUCUCACCCUCCGCUCCUCAGCCCCUGGUAGCACCUAGCAGCACAAAGGCAGUUUGGUGGAGGCUCUGCUGGCAGCGCUGUGGGGCUCGGAGUGAGCUGCAGUGAUUUCAGAGCAUCCCCACACCCCACAGGGGCUGAGCUAUCCCUGCUUCAUUGGGGGACCACCUGGGUGCUGUGUGGGUCACCCAGAUUCAUGAGCUCCUGGUUCAUGGCAGAUUUAGGGGGCGGAUGGAUGGAUUGAGGGCUGAUGGACAGAGGAGGAAGUGCAGCUGUGAGCCCUGGGCUGUCCCAUAGGAGGGUUAGUUAGCCUGGGGCCCUUCCAUCCAUGCUGUGGGGGAGGCAGAGGCUCUGUGUUUCCUCUCAGAACAAGGACAAACCAGCCUGGGCCGUGCUGAGAAGGGCCUUUUGACUCUCCCACAUUGAAAUAAAGGGGGAGGAGAGGUUUCUGGAGGCAGUGGCUUGAGUGCUGGCUUUCCCUGGCUGACUUGCAUUGGCCUUCUCUCUGCCUCCCUCCCUUUUCUCUCUGCUCAGCCCUUCCCCUCCUUUCCUGCAGCAAUGAAGCUGUGUGGCACGGACCUCUCCAGCCAGGACGUGGCUGUAGGGCAGGCACCAGCUUUUCCUUGCCACACUGGCUGCUUUGGCUGGGUGGUAUGCUUUCAAUAAAUGCCUGAGGAAGCAGCACCUGUGCCCUGGGUGCUACAGAAUGGGUGAUGCUGGAGCGGUCUGUGCUGUGCCAGCAGCUUGGUGCCACCCACCCUCACCUUGUGGUGAGCUGGAGGCAGAGACCUGGCAGCAAUGGGGCCGGCAAGAUUUGGUUGCGUAUGUGCUCUCCUUUCCACCAAGCACUGAACAGCUGCUGUUGAUGGGCUGUAGCUGUGUUGAUGAUGGCUUUUCUAAUUGAGCUGUACACUCCCAUCAAGGCUCUUUACUAAUGGCAUGUGGCAUCCUUGGUAACGCACGGCGCUGGGGCUGGCUCACGAAGUGCUGCACGAUGUCCCAGCAGCAGCACUGGCUGCUGGCCGUGGCACACUGCACGGUGCAUCUCCAGCACUGGCUUUGCUUGGGGAUUCAAGUCAGAUUCCAGAUGGAAACAGGUUUGGGGUUGAAAUAGAAAUCAUUGUCUGCAGCUCCAAAGGUCUACUCCAAGAGCACGAGUUCGCCCCUUUGACCCUCUUGUAGUCCAUGUGAACAGCACAGUAGGUACAAAGCAACGUUAAUGUCCCACAUGCUGAUGGUGCUCUGCAGCAAACAGAGCUGUGUGCAGGCGCAUCUGGAGGAGCACUGAGAUUUACAUGCAAGAAAGAAGGAAAUAUUUGAGGUCUGACAGAAUGGCAUGGUGGCAGUGGGAUAAGGCACAGAGCUGCAGUGGGGGGCGGGCAGAGCUUUCAUUCUCUUGUUCACAAUUUGUAUCAUUUCAGUCCUUAUGCCUCCAGCAGAGACUCAAAGCAGCCACCCCUGGGCCUGCAGUGAGCCCUGUGUUCUCUCCCUGCAGGUCCCUGGACAGAAAGUUGCAGAGGCCACUCCUGGGGAAGUCCCGGACGCUGCCCAGCAUCCCGCAGUCCCCAGUGCUGAGCAGGAUUCCCCUCCUCGACUCUGCAGCGUUCCGGGAGGCGAUGCCGGAGCAGAAGCCCUACCAGAAGCACUCAGCCCCUGAUGGCCAGAAGGGCUGCACGGUCCCAUCAGCUGGGGACGCCUGGCGGCUGGAGGACGAUGGCAUGGACCCCCCCGGCGACGCCCCGCUGCAGCCGCAGCUCCGCACGGCGGUGGAGGACGCCCCGUUCAGCCACUUUCGGAUGCGCUCCUUCUACAUGCGGAAGAGCCUCUCUGUUGACAACCACUUGGGCUCGCUGGGCUACGCCGUGCAUCCCGCUGAGACCAAGGCUGAGCGUGUCCGGACCCGGCUGCGGCGGCAGUUUGUGAGUACUUGGGGUGAUGCAACCCACUCACGUGGCUUUGCAAAACACUGGCAUGGCAGAGGGUUGGCUGUAUGCGUGUACGACAAAACAAAAGACACGUCUCUCUCCAUCCUGAUGCUGCUCAUUUUGCCCACACCUGCUAUGCUGGGCAGGUUCUGUGGCUCCCAGUCACAGCAUUGCCAUUGGGUUGGGUUGCUGCUGCUCACCAGGCAGUGCACCUCUGGUCAGAACAAAAAGGGGCUCAAGGCAAAAAGGGGUGGGCACUGCUCUGCCUCAAACACGCAGCAUUUGGGCCUUUCCAAGGGGUCAGGGCUGCAGGGUUGCAGGGAGCAGCCCCCAGCCCCUGGGGCAGCCGUCCUCCCACUGCUCUGUGGGUGCUGUGCGCUCCCCACUCAAUGUUUAAUGGGCUCUGCAUCUUCCCUUUCCCACAGACACCUGAUACAGGGCUUUGUGUGGCCUCCCUCCCACCUCGUUACUGGCUUGGGGUUGUAAUGAGGGCUUGGGUGUCCUCACACUGAAAGGCACCCGGCGUUGGUUGGAAACAGAUGAGGGCUUUGCUACAAUGGGAGCAGAGCAGGCGCUGUGCGCCCGUGUAACCUGAAGUGCUGUGCUGUCAGGCGAUCAGCCCAGGCCGGCAGGGCUCACCUGCUGUGAGGCAUGGGCAGGUGCAAUGCAUCUCCAUAAACCCGCUGCUCCUGGGUCUGUUUGCUUCCCCCCUGCCCCGAGGAAGGGCUGAUCCACCUGUUGGCACAGGCUGGGUCUGGAGGCUGCUCCCUGCAAUGUGUGGGGUGCUGCACAGGGCUCAUUCCUGCCCCUUGUGCUCU